GGAGGCGGACUAGAGUAGAGAACGGCCGAUUGUGCUGCUGGAGCUUCGUAGGGACUGUCAGCAGGGAGCGCAACCGACGACUGAGCUUAGAGCUGGGGGUAUGAGAGCUGUCAUAAUCCGCUCCCAUCUUCCUCGGGUCGGUCUCCUGUCCGACUGACAACCAUCGGAUCAGAAGCUCCACUUAACCAGCUGUCGGACCAACCCGAUAUCGUAUCUGCAUUGUCUGUUGAUGACAGUGGCACCUUGCAACCAUGGAGCUGAGAGUGGGGAACAAAUACCGGCUGGGGCGAAAGAUAGGGAGUGGAUCCUUUGGAGACAUUUACCUUGGUGCCAACAUUGCAACUGGUGAGGAGGUAGCCAUCAAGCUAGAAUGUGUGAAGACCAAACACCCACAGUUGCACAUUGAAAGCAAAUUCUACAAGAUGAUGCAGGGAGGAGUUGGUAUUCCAUCGAUAAAAUGGUGUGGUGCGGAGGGAGACUAUAACGUCAUGGUAAUGGAGUUGCUGGGGCCCAGUCUGGAGGACCUUUUUAACUUCUGCUCCCGGAAGUUCAGCCUAAAGACUGUCCUGCUUUUGGCGGACCAGAUGAUUAGUCGCAUCGAGUACAUCCACUCCAAGAACUUCAUCCACAGAGAUGUCAAGCCAGAUAACUUCCUUAUGGGGUUGGGCAAGAAGGGCAACCUGGUGUACAUCAUCGACUUUGGGCUGGCCAAAAAGUACCGCGAUGCACGCACGCACCAGCACAUCCCUUACAGGGAGAACAAGAACCUGACCGGAACGGCACGCUACGCCUCCAUCAACACACAUCUUGGAAUUGAGCAGUCAAGACGUGAUGACCUGGAGUCUCUGGGCUACGUCCUCAUGUACUUCAACCUGGGGUCCCUCCCCUGGCAGGGCCUUAAGGCUGCAACAAAGAGACAGAAGUAUGAGCGAAUCAGCGAGAAGAAAAUGUCCACACCAAUCGAGGUUCUUUGCAAAGGCUAUCCUUCGGAGUUUUCCACUUACCUGAAUUUUUGCCGCUCACUCCGUUUCGAUGACAAACCUGACUACUCCUACCUACGCCAGCUUUUCCGGAAUCUCUUCCACCGUCAGGGAUUCUCCUAUGAUUACGUCUUUGACUGGAACAUGCUUAAAUUUGGCGCCAGUCGAACAACUGAGGAUGGGGAACGGGAAAGGAGGACAGGGGAUGAGAGAGAAGAUCGGAUAGGAGGGGCCCCCAGGGGCUCUGCGUCACGGGGCCUCCCCUCAGGUCCCACCCAAGGCGCUCCUAACAGAGUCAGGAAUGGACCAGAACAAGCCAUCUCAAACCCUGCCUCACGGGUUCAACAGUCUGGCAACACGUCGCCACGUGCAAUAUCUCGCGCUGAGCGGGAGAGGAAAGUGAGCAUGCGUUUACACCGCGGGGCUCCUGCCAACGUAUCAUCCUCUGACCUCACAGCGCGUCAAGACCAGUCGAGGAUAUCCACGUCACAGGUCAGCGUGCCAUUCGAGCACAUGGGGAAGUGAAUUUCCUCAGCUCUUCAUGCACAGAAAAUGACAGGGCUGCAAGGAUUUUUUUUUUCUCUCUCUACACCUUUCUUUUCCCCCUGUACUUUAUACCUUCUUUCUUGAAAAGGUUUUUUUUUUUUGUAAAUGGACAUGCAGGUUGUUUGGAGCAAGACCUUAAAUGUUUCAAGGAUUCAGGAAAACACAUGAAGGUAUUCAACAUGCAUUCUGACCCGGACCGUUCUUACUAAACGUAGGAUCACCACAAAGCUAACGACAAUGCUGCACCUUGACAGUUGCUCAUUCCUACACUGUAUGUUCCUCAAAACAUUCCCUUAAUACUUUGACAAAUGUGAAAAGGCUGUUGGCAUUGAAGGAACAAAAAAAAAACAUUUCAGGGACAUGCAUGUUUCUUAUCAAAGGUGACGUACAGGCUUUGUAGGUUUUUUUUUUUUUUGUUUUUUUUUUUUUUUCAGUUUUAGCACAGCAAAUGUAACUGUUAUCUUCAUUGUUCAUAAAGGUUUAUUAGAAGGAAGGUUGUUUUUUCCUUUUUUAUUUGAUGUUUUUAAGAAUUGAAAGCUUAAUCGGAUGAGGCAUGUAGAUCAGAAGGUUGCAACCAGAAAGAGAACUGAAGAGGAUGGGUAAGUGAUGUUUUAUCCGUUAUGUUCCUGGAGAUGUUUCUGGUAACUGCUCGCCCCACUCCCAUAAGGACAUGAAAACCCUCCGAACAUCUGGCGGUUUUUACGCUUUUAUUUCUCUCCUUGGUUUUAAUUUGUGACGGUAAGGUGAAGUACUGUUGUGGAAAUUCAAAGGACUCACUCCUAAGUCUCCAGAGAAGUUCCUCAGGAAAUAUCUCAGCAUUCUGAUAUUUGACCUGAGACCACAGCCGCCCGUUUGAGCUCACAAACGGGGGAUGCAAUUUUUAUGAUGUUUCUUAACGUUACCUUUUUUAAUCUUUUGUUAUAUGGAGGAAGUGGGGGGGCUGUCACUGUUGAGAACGACAUGGGGCGGGUUAGGGCAUCAAAUUUGUUUUUAUUUAGUUUCUUCUUUUUUUUUUUUUUUAUUUACUCCACUGUAAAUAUUUUUUUUAUUUCAUUGUAAAGCCAAAUGUGGUUAUUGUAAAGGUGUAAAGUAGAAAAAUGCAUACUAAUGACUAUAGAGUGUUGAAGCAGGAGUAAUAAAGAUGGAGACGAGUGACUGUUGCUGUGCCAGCUGGGUCAUCUAACAGGUGUGAGGGAGUUGAGUGCUACAGUAAAACCUCUAAGAUCAAUAAAGUCGCUUUUAUCUGCUUUCCAACUUUAAUCCAUUCAUGAUUAUUUACUUUUGUUUUUUUAAACCUGGAAUCUUCUCACCUUUGGACUGCUUAUUUCUUAAACAAUAUUUCAAACUUUCAUUAUUCCUGUCGCAGAAAAAUGUUUAUUUAAUGCUGUUCUUCAUUAUCUCCUCACCAACUUUUGACAUUAGUUGCGUCUGAUGGUGUGUGUGUAAAUGUGUAUGGACUGUGUGCACUGUGUAUAGUUCUCAUUGUACAGGCCACCAUGACCCAGUGGCAUCGCAGUUGUAGAUUUAAGGAUGAGGCGAGAGGUAUUCACAUUGUCUAUUGUGUACUGAUAUCUUGUACAGUUCUUUAACACUAUUUACAGUAUUUGUGUAUAUUUUAUGAAGUAAUAAAAAUGGAUAACAU